UUUGACAAUGAGCAAAUCUUCAGAAGUUGAUAUGAAUCAACCUUAAAGCGAAAUUUUCAUCAGUAUCUCUCGCUAGUAACUGAGAACAAUGGAUUUUGAUCCUAGGACUCCUUAAUAGUACUAGAAUUAAAUACCUGCAGUCGAAAAAUAGUUCAACAAUCAAUAAAUGACACAUAAUCCCAAUUAAUUCAUAGCGAGCAAUAGCUUUAAUUAAAUCAAGAAUGAUAAUACCAAAAAUUCUCAGCAGGUUGCAUUCAAAUUAGCCUAGGUGAAUCAAAACCCUUAAAUUCCAGCUUUAUAAUAUAAUCAGGGUUUAUAAUCAUGGCAAAUAAAUUAGGGAAAUCAAAAAUUCAAUACCUAAUAAUAGCAAAGCACUCAGUUUUAGUUCAAUUAAAAUAAUUAGUCAAAAUAAUUCAGCCAAUUCAACUAAUUCAAUUAACACUCUAAUCAGCCAGCUUUUUAUUAGCAAAAAUGA